AUGCAGAACCCAAACUCAUCCAUGGUGGAUCCAACUUCCGCACCUAAACGAUACACUCCACCUAACCAAAGGAACCGUUCUUCGAACCGAAGGAGAUCAAGAGGAAGCUCCAUUGGCAACGAGGGGGAGAGAAGUCAGCCUGUUGCUGUUGGUUUCCAGAAGGAAAACUCUUCUCCAAGGAUUAUAUCUCCAGAGGGUUGCUGUGGGAGUGAAGCUUAUCAGCUUCUUAGUGGUCGUUGGGCAGCUGCAAUGCAUCUAUACAAUGACCCUACUGUUGAUUUGUCUGAAAGACCAAUGAUGUAUUAUGGCGGGGAUGUGUGGGGUAAACUGCCUCACACUGUGAAACCGAUAAUGGGUUCAGGAAACAGGACAUUACCUCCUCCACCAAUGUUGCCAACGGAUUACAGAACCCUACACUCUCGUGGAUUGGCUAAUUCCAAGGUCGCCAAGUUCUAA